AGCAAGAUGGCGGCGCCCAGGAAAGCAGCGUGAAAGCGUUGCCGGGGGGAGCCCCGUCCGGACCAGGAUCCCUUCAGUUGCCGAAGUGCGCAGCCUGUCGCCAUGUCGCGACUUAUCGUCAAGAACCUGCCGAGCGGGAUGAAGGAAGAGCGGUUCCGGCAGCUUUUCUCAGCCUUUGGCACCCUGACGGACUGCAGCCUCAAAUUCACCAAGGAUGGCAAGUUUCGCAAGUUUGGCUUCAUCGGUUUCAAGUCUGCGGAGGAGGCGCAGAGUGCCCUGGACCACUUCCACAAGAGCUUCAUCGACACUUCUCGGGUCAUGGUGGAGUUCUGCAAGUCAUUUGGAGACCCAUCUAAGCCCCGAGCCUGGAGCAAACACUCCCAGAAAACCACCCAGCCAGGGAAACUCGAAGAAAGCCCAGUGGCCUCGGAAACUCAGAAGGACAAAAAGAAGAAAAAGGCAACGGGAGAACUGGAAAAACUGAAGAAAGAUGCUGAGUUUCAGGAAUUCCUGAUGGUUCAUCAGAAGCGAACACAGGUGGCCACUUGGGCAAAUGAUACCGUGGGAGUGGAACCAAAGAAAGGGAAGGCCAAGAGGGAUGAUGACUACCUGAACUUUGAUUCUGACUCGGGGCAAGAGAGUGAAGAAGAAAUAGAUGAUGAAGACUCUGAAAAGGAAAGCCCUGAGGCGAAGGCAGCAGAGCAGAAGGAACUUUCCGACAUGGACUACUUGAAAUCCAAGGUGGUGAGAGCGGAUUCCUCGGAGGAGGAGGAGAGUGAAGAUGAGAUGAUGGCAUGUGAAGAGGAGGAGCAGCUGACACCGGGCCCCAGAGGCUCUGAGCGCCCCAGGGAGAAGGGGGACGCCACGGCUGGGGGCACGAGACCCGCGGCAGCCAAGGGAGAGGUGAUGAAGCUAGCCACCCACCCCGAGCCCGCCACUGCUUAUACGGUAAAGCUGCGUGGAGCGCCGUUUAAUGUCACUGAGCAAAAUGUUAGAGAAUUUCUGGUGCCCCUCAAGCCUGUGGCCAUCCGCAUUGUGAGAAAUGCUCACGGAAACAAGACAGGUUACGUCUUUGUGGAUUUCAGCAGUGAAGGAGAUGUGGAGAAAGCCCUGCGACACAACAGGGAAUACAUGGGCGGCCGCUACAUUGAGGUAUUCAGGGAGCAGGGGAGCCGCGUGACCCCGAAGCGCCAGAAGGACAACAAGAAGGCCUGGCAGGGCCGACAGCUCAAGGAGGGCGAGGAGGAGGAGGAGCUGGCCGAGUCCGGGCGCCUUUUUGUGAGAAAUCUGCCAUACACCAGCACCGAGGAGGACCUCGAGGAGAUGUUUGCCAGGUUCGGUCCCCUGUCUGAAGUCCAUUAUCCCAUAGAUGGUCUGACCAAGAAACCGAAGGGCUUUGCUUUCAUCACGUACAUGUUUCCCGAACACGCUGUGAAGGCCUACGCGGAAGUGGACGGACAGGUCUUCCAGGGCCGGAUGCUCCACGUGUUACCCUCCACCAUUAAGAAGGAGACCAGCGAAGGCGCAGAUGCAACAUCAUCUUCCUACAAGAAGAAGAAGGCAUUGAAGGACAAAGCCAGCAGUUCCAGCUCUCACAAUUGGAAUACACUGUUUAUGGGGACGAAUGCCGUGGCUGAAGCUGUUGCACAGAAGUACAACGCCACAAAAAGUCAAGUGUUCGACCAUUUCCACGGUUCAUGCAGUCAAAGAAGGCUUCCCAGAGAAGAUGCUGUGCCCCAGGACGGGUGGGGCAGCGUGGGAAGCCAGGGGCAGCAAGUUCCUUCCCAGAUCUCUGCAGGGGCUGCUGAUAGGCAGAAAGUGAAAAGGCCUCAUCAGGAGCCUGCCACCCAUUCCUGGUGUUUGUACUUAAAACCACUGCUCCCGGCAUCUUCUCCAGCCCCAGCAGAUUGA